AUGGCCGCCUACUCGUACCGCGGUGGCCCCGGGGCUGGACCCGGGCCUGCGGGCGCCGCGCUGCCGGACCAGAGCUUCCUGUGGAACGUCUUCCAGCGGGUUGAUAAAGACAGGAGUGGGGUGAUAUCGGACAGCGAGCUUCAGCAAGCGUUAUCCAAUGGCACAUGGACCCCAUUCAAUCCUGUGACCGUGAGGUCAAUCAUUUCUAUGUUCGACCGGGAGAACAAGGCCGGCGUGAACUUCAGUGAGUUCACGGGCGUGUGGAAGUACGUCACGGACUGGCAGAACGUCUUCCGCACCUACGACAGGGACAACUCGGGGAUGAUCGACAAGAACGAGCUGAAGCAAGCGCUCUCAGGCUACUGGCUCUCCGAUCAGUUCCAUGACAUCCUCAUCCGCAAAUUUGACAGACAAGGACGAGGGCAGAUCGCGUUUGAUGACUUCAUCCAAGGCUGCAUUGUCUUACAGAGGUUGACAGACAUCUUCAGACAGUAUGACACGGACCAGGACGGCUGGAUCCAGGUGUUUUACGAGCAAUAUCUCUCCAUGGUCUUCAGCAUCGUGUAGCCAGACUUUGUGGACAACAGCCCAGCGUGUGAAGACACUGGAAUGCCAAAUCUCUCAGCCUGUGACGCAGGACGCAGGUGCAGUCAGCUGCUGCUCUUCCUGUAAACUUUGUAUAGGUGACACUUGGGGACCUGGCUGUACAUAUGUGAAUAGACUAAUUAGUGUUUAUAAUCGUAGCUGCAUUGUGACCAUACAAACCUUGGG